AAUCGGAAGCAAAAGCACAGUAACAGCAACCACCAGUAACUCCAUUUCUGAGAGGAGUUGAGGCAGAGAUCUACUAAUUUUCUCUCCCUCUUCUCCGAUGGGGUUCCCAGCCAACGGUGGUGCUUCCGGCGAGAAGCCUCUCAAGUUCCUCAUCUACGGCCGCACCGGAUGGAUUGGCGGCCUGCUGGGAAGCCUAUGCCGAGCCCAGGGGAUCGAUUUCGAAUACGGCUCCGGCCGCCUCGAGAACCGCGCCUCCCUGGAAACUGACAUCGCGGAGGUGAAGCCAACUCACGUGUUCAACGCCGCCGGUGUCACUGGUCGCCCCAACGUGGACUGGUGUGAGACUAACAAGGUCGAGACCAUCCGCGCCAACGUGGUUGGCACGCUCACGCUUGCUGAUGUGUGCCGUGAGCGCGGAAUCAUCGUCGUCAACUUCGCCACCGGCUGCAUCUUCGAGUACGAUUCCGGUCAUCCCCUCGGAUCUGGUAUCGGAUUCAAGGAAGAGGAUUCUCCUAAUUUCAUCGGUUCGUUCUACUCCAAAACCAAAGCCAUGGUUGAAGAUCUACUGAGGAAUUAUGAUAAUGUGUGUACCUUGCGAGUGAGGAUGCCGAUCUCAUCAGAUUUAUCAAACCCGCGCAAUUUCAUCACGAAGAUCUCUCGCUACGAGAAGGUGGUGGACAUUCCAAAUUCAAUGACAAUCCUGGACGAGCUUCUUCCCAUCUCGAUUGAGAUGGCGAAGAGGAAUCUCACUGGGAUCUGGAACUUCACAAACCCUGGAGUGGUGAGCCACAAUGAGAUCUUAGCAAUGUACAAGGAGUAUAUUGACUCAAACUUCACCUGGAAGAAUUUCACCCUUGAGGAACAGGCCAAGGUCAUUGUUGCUCCCCGGAGCAACAAUGAGCUUGAUGCAGGGAAAUUGAGCAAGGAGUUUCCAGAAUUGUUGCCCAUUAAGGAGUCACUCAUUAAGUAUGUCUUCAAGCCAAACCAGAAGGUUAAGGCUUAAGUUCUAAGGAUGAAGGUUUUCCCAGUUUUACCAUCGAUAUACUAUUAUUAUAUAUCCUCAUUGAUAUAUUUCAGUUUGCAUGGAUGUUUUGUAGUUGUAAUUUAUUUUCAUGUUGUAUUUGUAUUGAUUGGGUCCAAGAAUAAACUAGAGCAUGUUUAUUUUUGAGUUUCUUAUGACAUUAGUUUGUUUGGUCAA